AUGAGUUUUCCGGAAAGCACUGUGCCCUUGGACGAUGAGUAUCGCGACACCGUGGAGUACUGCGGCCGCACCUUCCACAAGUAUUCCCUGGAGACUGGUACAUACUUUGCGCCAGUAGACGAGGAGGAGGUUGAGCGGCUGGAGCUCAUGCAUGAUGUCCUGUCGAAAGUCUUCGAUAAUAGACUCAUCUUCCCGCCCAUGGUGACGCCGGAGAGUAUUCUCGACUGCGGCUGCGGUGCCGCGAACUGGGCUGUCGCUGUGGCUAAGAGGUAUCCCGACUGCGAGGUGCUGGGAAUAGAUGUCAGCCCGCACAUGCUGCCAGACCAUCCGCCGCAAAAUCUCGAUUUCCAAAUUGACGACCUUAAUGCGAGGUUCGACCUAGGUUCUUGA